UCAGCAUUGGUUUUAUAUAUCGCCAAUAUUUUAGGAUUCCUGGGUGUUUUAUCCCCGUUGGAAAAUUAUCAAAGAUAUAGAAGAUGAAUGACUAAGUAUGAAUGGAUAAAGAAAUAAAGGUGGCGUGUCAUUGAUUAUGUUGAUGUUCAUUUAUGCUCGAUCUUCUGUCUGUAUUCAAGUGCUGUUGCAUUAUGGUGCUGUGCUAGUUUCCAUACCUCGUCCCUUUGGCGAAGAAAUCUUGGACAACAGAUAUUUGUGAGAAUUUAGUUUGUAGAAUAUUUUUAAAUCAGUGACGCUUCAUGAGGCGUAAACACGUACCAAAUUUUCAAUGUCUCCACAGUACAUCUUGUUCACGGAGUGACCUAGUCUCGCGAGAGCACGACACUAGGUCCGAGACUUGCAUGGAUCUUCUUCCCCUCUCCCCCGCCUCUGUGUGGACCAGAGAAAAAGAUGUAUUGUGAAGACAUCGAAAAAUUUUGAGUGUCUGAACACUUCACCGAUAGUGGCUCGUGAGAGACAGUGUCGUCAAAAUACUCUGGCUUUCGGCGAAUUUCCGGACACAUGGAGGUGUGGACGUUACUUGAGAUCACCGCUGUUCUGUGGGUGACGUAUCUGGUGGUGACUUGGUGGUUGGAGAGAGGCCGCCUAUCACAGCUAACCGACAAGACCGUCCUGAUCACGGGGUGUGACACCGGCUUCGGGAACCUUCUGGCCAAGCGGCUGGACCAGCUCGGCCUGCGGGUGUUCGCGGGCUGUCUGACCGAGGCCGGUGUGGCAGAGUUACGGCAGUCCUGCUCCGAACGGCUGCAGCCGAUCCGGAUGGACGUCAGCAGCUCAGACAGCGUACAAGAUGGGUUCAGGGUGGUGAAGGAAGCUGUGGGGAGUAAAGGUUUGUGGGGGCUGGUGAACAAUGCGGGUAUUCUCGGUGUUGCGGGAGGAACCAUGGAAUGGGCGACCAAGGAAGAUUAUCAGGCCGUCCUGAACGUGAACUUGCUGGGGAUGAUUGACGUCACCAAGACAUUUCUCCCACUCCUCAAGAAGUCACGUGGUCGGGUUGUCAACGUCGCAAGUGGUGCCGGGAGAUUGGCCAUGCCGCAUGGCGGGCCUUACACCGUGUCCAAAUAUGCCGUGGAGGCAUUUUCUGACUCUCUGAGACGGGCUAUGAGAUCCUUUGGGGUUAACGUUCAUAUCAUCGAGCCUGGGUUCUUUCGAACCGAAAUCAACAACCAGGAGAAUGCCCUGCGUCGUCUGGACGACAUCUGGCAGCGGCAGAGUCCUGAGACCAAGACUGAGUACGGGGAGGAGUUCCUGCAAGCUGGAAAGGACGCUAUAAUCGCUUCAGAUCGUGUCAUGCAAGAUCCAGUUGCCGUUGUGGAUGCGAUGGAGCAUGCGCUGUGCGCUACCCACCCCCGGAGCCGUUACGUGAUUGGUUGGGACGUCCGUUUCAUGUUUGUACCUAUUUCCUGGCUGCCUACGGAACUGGGUGAUCUGGCAAUUCGGCUGGUGGCACCAGAAAUGAUGCCUACCCCGGCCUGCUGUAAGAGUAUGCAGUAGUUCAAAGAGAAGUAAAGUA